UCAGAAAGAUGAAGCCAAGCACCUCCAGAUUUGUCAAACCCCACUUCAAACAUAGUCCAAUUCGACAACUACGGGAAUUUGAAUCCAGCUCUGAAAACCUACUUGAACCUGACGACCUAGAUUCUCCGCGGAAUCGAACAUUUUUCAAAAAACUUCGAAAUGCAAUGAAAAACCGCAAACUUCUACAAACGAAAAAAGUUUGGGAAGAAGAAGAAGAAGAGGAUAAAUAUUUCGAGGAAAAACCAAAACAUGAACCAAUAGACUAUAGCCUAGACUUGACUAUUCGGGUAAAUGGAAAUGUGCUCCGCAACCGUGUGAGCUCGCUUUUAACAAUUCGGGACCUGAAGCAUUUGGUGCAUUGCCAGACUAAUUACCCGGAGAGCAUUAUGUGGAUUGUUUGGAAUGGAAGACGACUUGACCGAGACGAAUGGACACUUUAUGAAUACCACAUCACAGAUGAUUCGAAUAUUUUCAUGCAUCUCAGCUUUAAUCCUAACAUUCAUUAUCAAGGGAACGGGUAACCCAUCAUUUUGUAUGUGAAAUAUUUGGAAAUGCAAUUUUUGAUAAUAAAGAUUAAAUCAGUAA